GUACCUGGAGCUGGAAAGCAGCGGUCAUCGAAAUGAAAUCAGGUUGCAUUAUCGUUCGGGCAGUCAUCGCUCCCACACAGAAGUAUUCCCAUACAUUUUGGCAGAUGAUAAAUGGCACAGGCUUUCCUUAGCAAUCAGUGCCUCUCACUUGAUUUUGCAUGUGGACUGCAAUAAAAUAUAUGAAAGAGUGGUGGAGAAGCCCUUCAUGGAUUUACCUUCAGGUACAACCUUUUGGCUGGGACAGAGGAAUAAUGCACAUGGUUAUUUUAAGGGUAUAAUGCAAGAUGUGCAAUUACUUGUCAUGCCUCAAGGAUUUAUUUCUCAAUGCCCAGAUCUUAAUCGCACAUGCCCAACUUGUAAUGACUUCCAUGGGCUUGUGCAGAAAAUUAUGGAACUGCAAGACAUUUUAGCCAAAACAUCAGCUAAGUUGUCCCAAGCUGAGCAGAGGAUGAACAAGUUGGAUCAGUGCUAUUGUGAAAGGACGUGCACAAUGAAAGGCAUGACUUACAGAGAGUUUGAGUCCUGGACAGAUGGCUGUAAGAACUGCACUUGCAUGAACGGCACUGUGCAGUGCGAGGCUUUGAUUUGCCCGCUCUCUGACUGCCCGCUUAACUCUGCCCUGGCCUAUGUGGAUGGCAAGUGCUGCAAAGAGUGUCAAUCGGUGUGCGUGUUUGAAGGCAGAACCUACUUUGAAGGACAAAGAGAAACUGUGUAUUCAAGCUCAGGAGACUGUGUUCUGUUUGAGUGCAAGGACCACAAAAUGCAGCGUGUUCCAAAAGACAGUUGUACAGCUUUGAACUGCCCAGAAUCUCUACAGAUCCCCUUAUCUCACAGUUGCUGCAAGAUCUGUAAAGGCCAUGACUUUUGCACUGAAGGACAUAACUGUAUGGAGCAUUCUGUCUGCCGAAACCUCGAAGACAGAGCUGUCUGUAGCUGCCGAGAUGGCUUCCGAGCCCUUCGAGAGGACAAUGCCUACUGUGAAGAUAUUGAUGAGUGUGCUGAAGGGCGGCACUACUGUCGUGAGAAUACCAUGUGCGUAAAUACACCGGGAUCCUUCAUGUGCAUCUGCAAAACAGGAUAUAUACGCAUUGAUGAUUAUUCAUGUACAGAGCAUGACGAGUGUAUAACAAACCAGCACAACUGUGAUGAAAACGCACUCUGUUUCAACACCGUGGGUGGGCACAACUGUGUCUGCAAGCCGGGUUACACGGGAAAUGGCACCAUCUGCAAAGCAUUUUGCAAAGACGGGUGUAGGAACGGAGGAGCCUGUAUUGCUUCCAACGUGUGUGCCUGCCCACAAGGCUUCACUGGGCCCAGCUGUGAAACUGGCAUUCCUUUCUCUUCCUGCUACCCCUGAGGAUGGCAGGACCACAAAGCCUUGUUUUAGAACUUUAUUUUUUAAGUCUUGGAUCUAGUCAAAUUAUAUUGCCCAGUGGAGUAUGCAGAAUGUUAAUACUUAGCAUCUCAAGUGCCUGUAAAUAAUUCUCAAAGUUCAAAUGAAUAGUUUCAGCACCUUUAUUUAUUGCUGCAGAAUUUUUAAAUGCAUUCUAACCACACAUGCCUCCAGGAGGUAAAGGGAGAAAGCUCACAUAGAUUAAUUGGCUUCAGUAUGCCUAAUAAAAGAGCAGUCUGCCACCUAUGAUUGACUAUUGUGGCUGUUCUAUAUUGC